AUGGAGUCUGAGAACGUGUUCGACAUUUACAGUGCCCUUGAGGCUCCUGUGGCUCCCUCGAGUAGAAAGAAAACAAGCAAGAGGCAUCCUGGGGAAAGCAGUAAAGUGCCUCAGGCUAAGAAGCCUUGUAAUGCAGGCCUCUCGAAGGAUGGAUCCUUAGCCAACGCAAAUCCACCUUCUCCUCAAGAGCAGCAGACUCCCCCUGCUCCAGCCAGGUCGACUCCAUCUCCAGCGGCCCCAACUGACCAGACUCAGCAGGCCGGUCCUGCUUCGACUGGGGGCGACAUAACUAGCCGCGCCUUUAGAUCGGUCAAGGACAGGGUCGCAAAAAUUGUAAAGCACGACCGCUUCCAAGAGGCGAUGGACGUCGAGCAGAUCUUAAACUGCGCCUUGAACGAGUUUUCCAGUGCCAAAUCUUUGGAGCAACGACACGCUGAUGAACUCAAAGCUGCCGAAGCAAAAUAUGCCGAACAGCUUGCAGCGGUGCUCGAGGAGAAGAAUAAACUGGUUAAGGAGUUGAGAGAGAAGAAAAAUUCUCUGGACAAAGCCAUCGAGCAGAGGGACCAGUUCAAGGAGUCUAACCGCGCCAAUUACCACGCGACUAAAAAGCUCGAGGAGGACUUGGCUGUGAGUAAACAAGAGACUACAACCUUGGAGGGUCGGAUCAAGGGGCUUGAGAAGGCCAAUGCCAGCAAUUUAGAGAGGCACAAGAAUGCCACACUCUGA